AUGACACUCAAACGUGGUCCUGCAAAGAGGGCGAGAAAUCCCAAGCCCGACGCCUUUGAGCAGUUACCCGACGAUGCCUCGGUUGACCAACUCGAAGCCGCUGCCGUCAAUGUGUCCUUGGCAGAACUCGAGCACCGAGUUGCAGAUGUGCGCGAUUCGUGGGAGACGGAAUCUUUUCUUGAGGAGCUGGCCAAGGGCAACUCUGAGCACAAGUCGCCCGACAUUUGCACACCCGAGGAGUCCGCCAGACUUCGUCGGGAACUUCGAGACUAUGGCCCCAUCGUUUUCUGCAAGCGGACCGUAGAUUGCGGUCGCUAUACGGCCAAGAAGCUGCUGACCGCUUUUCAAGUAUACUCUCCUGAUUCUCUCGAGGGAAAAUCAGAGGAAUACUUUUCCCAUCUCGUGUCGCUCGCCAUAACAAGAGAGCUGUCAAAGCGAAUCAAGCUGACCGACUACAACACCGUCGACGACGCCGUAGACCUCGUCCAGAAAUCCAAAAACAUCAUCGUCAUCACCGGCGCCGGCAUUUCCACCUCUCUUGGCAUCCCGGACUUCCGUUCCGAGGGCACCGGUCUGUACGCCAAGCUGGCGCAUUUGGGCCUCAACGACCCCCAGGAGGUCUUCAACAUUGACAUCUUCAAGGACGACCCGUCCAUUUUCUAUUCCAUAGCCAAGGAUAUCAUACCCGCCACUGACCGCUACACCCCGACGCACAAGUUCAUCACCAUGCUCCACCAGCGCGGGAAACUCCUGACCAACUACUCUCAGAACAUUGACAACCUCGAGGUCAAGGCCGGCGUUCCCAAGGACAAGCUCAUCCAGUGCCACGGCUCCUUUGGAACAGCCACUUGCAUCCAGUGCGGCUACAAGACCCACGGCGAUGCCAUCUUUCCGGACAUCAGGGCCGGCAAGAUCCCCCGGUGUCCAAGAUGUCUCCAGUCCCUCAGCGUCAAUGGCAAGACGACCAAGAGAAAGCGUUCCGCGGGGGCGGACAAACGCCGCGGCAGACGGUGGUCCGACGACGACGACGACGACGACGACGACGAUGACGAUGACGACUCGGGCUACGACAUUCCCUCCGCCGGCGUCAUGAAGCCAGACAUCACCUUCUUCGGCGAGAAACUCCCCGAUGAAUUCUCCAAGCGCCUCACCGAACAUGACCGCGACAAAGUCGACCUCGUCAUCGUCAUUGGCACAUCCCUCAAGGUGACUCCCGUGUCCGAGGUCUCAAACUGGCUCUCCCCCAAUGUGCCCCAGAUCUACGUCUCCCGCCAGGCAGUCAACCACAUCAACUUCGACAUCGACCUCCUCGGCGACUGCGACGUCGUCGUCACCGAGCUCUGCCGCCGUCUGGGCUGGCCGCUCAGGCACGAAAUGGUGCCCCCCAACCAAGUCAUCACCGUGACUCCCGAAACGGGCUACAAGAACAGGCACGUCUUCGAGGCAGACGUGCCCCAAACGGACGGCGUCAAAAAGUCCCCCCGGGGCUGA